GAUUAAGAUAUUAAAUCUGGAAAUAUUUUUGAUUACCUACCCAUCCGUGAGUAUAAAAGAUUAGGCUGCGGGUGGUCGACUCAGUCACUAAGCUGAAAGAACUCAGAAUGCGUUCCGCCCUUGUGUUUCUUGCUUUUGCGGCAUUCGCUGCCGCAGUGCCUGUGCCUGAAGAGCAGGCUGCCUUCGAGUACCCGAGGUAUAUCGAGUUUCCGGAUGGCGACGGUGUCCCUCACACGGUGGACCUCCAGGAAGAGGUAGACCACCACCUCCUCGAAGAGAUCGAGAGGAACCCGGCUAACAAUCUGUACCUGCUCUUCACUAGGCGGAACCCGCGCAACUCACAGACAUUAGUCAUCAACGACAGGAACUCUGUUCUCAACUCCAACUUUAACCCAAACCACCCCACGGUGGUCAUCGCGCACGGGUGGCUUAGCAACCAGAACACAGACCUCAAUCCCGUUAUCAGAGAUGCUUACCUCAACAAAGGCGAGACUAACGUCAUCGUCUUGGACUGGCGCCGCCUCGCCCUCAGCGGUUACGUGAAGGCGACGAACGGAGUCCCGGCUGUCGGCCGCGGCCUCGGCCAGUUCCUUCGAUUCGUCCAUCAGACUACUGGAGCUGCGUUCAACUCUAUGCACCUCGUUGGAUUCAGCUUGGGCGCUCAUCUGGUCGGCAACGCGGGAAGGGAGCUGGGAGGAGCUGUUGCCCGUGUCACUGGUUUAGACCCUGCCGGUCCCCUAUGGAACUUCAACAAAGACAGUCUGGGUCCCAACGACGCAGUAUACGUUGAAGCGAUUCACACCGACGGCGGGUACACCGUUGGUGGCCUUGGCAUCGGGACGGCCAUCGCCAAUGCAGACUUCUUCCCCAAUGGCGGCAUCUCUCAGCCUGCGUGUCUCACCAACAUCUGUAACCACAACAGGGCGUGGGAACUCUUCGCUGCUACUGUGUCGCACAACCAUCUCAUUGGACAAGAGUGCUCGUCUAAUGUGCAGAUCACUUUGAACAACUGCAGAGGACAGUCUCUUCAUAUGGGCAAUGAUAAUUUGAGAAAGUGGGGGUCUGGAAAGUACCGAUUGGAUACUGCACGAAGAUAUCCCUUCUAAAGUUAUACGGACUUGACGAUAAACGAGAUCUGCUAUGUAAACCAAAUGAAAAAUAAUGAUUUUUGAAACUAAAA